CUUAAUGACGUACUGCUGAGAUAAUAAUGAAGUGAUCAUUACAAGACAUGAGGUUUGCCAUGUUCAGAUUUUAUAUGCCUCAGGCUUCUUCUAGCCAAUCUUACUUAUUCAAGAAGACCGCUUUGUCAGGAACCCUUUGUUCUUACUACAAUCUCUCCUCUUCAAGGCUCUCGUUGGCAAAGCAUUGACGGGCACUGGUGAGCGUUGUAGCUCAGGGGUUCCGCCUGGCUGCGGGGCAUGUUUACCCGCCAUCAUUAGCGAGACUACCUUAGGAACAAAUGAUCAUUAUCCGGGCGAAGAGCACUCACUGUGUGUUUUCCGACUCUGAAUAUUGAACGAGAUCACCCUAUAUUUUGUCUUGAGCGAUAUAUUUAAAUCAAGUUACAGUAAAUAUUCUUUCCUGUGUUCAAAAUGUGGCACAGAUUGUCCUCGCUGACAAGAUGCUGCCUGGGCGUCGAGGAUGCCUAAAAUGUUUGUUUAAUGGGCAUUUCCUUUCAGCUGACGCGCUUUGUGCAUCACCACCAUCAGCUAGCACUUGCAUCAAGAACAUAUACCAAGAUGGCAGCUUUACGACGCUCCAGUCUCGCCAAUGUUCCUGAAGAGAUCCUAGACCAGAUCAUCCAGAGCGUCCCCGUCGAAGAUCUACGAAACUGUAUGCUCACUUCGCGAACCUUUUGCAGAUUAGCACGACAUCGUAUAUACCACUCCAUUUGCUAUUCUGUAGGAAGACUACCAUCUGAAAGGAACGAUGUUGCAUCUCUUCGGCCUCACGCCAAUAAUUACAACGGCCGGGACAGUUCUCGCAUCAUUCGACUCCAUGACUUCGUACGAACGAUCUCAGAGAACCCCAUCUUAGCGUCUUUCAUCCACAGGGCAGCGUUCUCCCCCCUAGGAGAACACCCAGAAAGGAUCGAAAUCAAAGCACUGAAGAGAUGUCUUGCUAUCGUUAACCCCAACGUAUUACACUUGGCAUUGCCGUACAAAUCCGCGUCGCUCGCACUCAUGAAUUCAAUCACCUCGUUAGACUUCACGUAUCCCAUGGAGACAGCACUAUCAGGGUUUCAACACAAACUUCGGAAUCGUCUGUACUCGAUUUUUAUGAUAGAUAGCCUUCGUUAUCUCACGUUACGGUGUGCUAGGUGCUGGCAGGCUUUUGAUCCUGUCGAUGUUGAUACUUUUCGGAUCGGAACAAGCAACGUUGUAUCGCUUGGCUUGGUUGACACAGUUCCUAUGGAUGUAGAUCUGGUGGAAAUAUUGACUUGGCCCAAAGCAUUGAUAUCCUAUGAUCACGAAAGCUUGGAAGGAUUAGAUUGCUUUUUUCAGUAUUGGGGACGGGGACCUAUCGCAUCAGCAGACAGUUUUCUCCGAGGUAUUUCUAGUCAGAAAGGGUCACUCGAGGAAAUAAUUUACAACCAUGGGGAAGACUGCUGCGGAACUGAUGAUUCAAUCUUCGACCCAGCUCUUCUUCGGCAAUUCUCAACUUUGAAGCAUCUCUCUGCACCUAUAACCUGCUUUGUAUACUCGUCGCCCAACUUAGGAAUGACCCAGCCACUCCGCACCUUCCUACCUUCAACCAUCGAAGCACUCCAGAUCGACCAAGACAACAUGAUUGGUGAAGAAGAGCACGAAAUGUUUCUCAGGUCAUGGCUACAAGAUGUUUUGGAUCACAAGCAGGAAUGUUGCCCUCGUCUGAAGACUGUCGUGCUUUCUCAGUCGGAGACUAUGCCCGGACUCAGAAAAACUCCUCUAGAUGGACUUACUGUGUUGAAUAGCCUGUAGGUAUUUUUUUCUUUUACAUCUGAGCCACCUGUCUGGUUCUAAGAAUUCAGUCGUCAUAGUCCUAGCUGACUCGUAGGUUCCAGUGCUUUAGACAAUGCCUUCGAGGAAGCUGGAGUUCACCUAGAUUUUGGAUUCAAAGAUUGAAUCACAUCGAGAGUAUUUCUUCCAUAUUUGAUUAUCGGUCAAUGCGCCAUACCCAGUACACCAAGGAUGUGGUGUUGACUGCUAGCAUAACCAGGGUACGAUGUUGAGUGCUCGCAAAAGGGAAUUGCUAGUGGGAACAAAAUCGAACGUCUUGAAUUUUAAAGUCCCUUUUAUCUGUAGAAUGUGUUGGAUACACUUGAUUGAGACAAUACCAACAUUGAUGACUUCUGUUUCAUAACCACAAGAAUGGCCGGAGUUAGGCUCAAAGUGUAACGCCAGGAUCCUGUUCUGCCAAUGUACAUGUACCAUGCUCAGUCAGAAGUGAGCCGUCAGAGUUUGAAGGCCAUCCUUCUUUUAUCAAGUCAGCCUCAGCUCGAAGGGAAAGCAAACAGAGCUUAAAUUGUCACCUCAAACCCGGGUAGUCGUGUCCAUUGCCAAUAAUUCAAUCCAGGCAGACGACCGAAUCGCAGUCUAUUAGACUGCAAGGCGCCGCCUGUGAGUCUUUUGGAGGGGUCUUGACUCACACAUGGACCUCCCCAUGGCCUCACCACGCUGGCAUUUCCCCUCUACAGCUCAUGACCACCUUGCCAUUGGGCGAAUAGCCUCAAACGCAAACGGAGAGUACGAGUACCCCUCUCGCUCCCAUAAUAGAGCUUUCCUGUGACGAAUCCCGUGCAGCACAGAAGGUAAAACUGGCCCCCGAACCCACCUUUGUAGCGGUGAGGAUGCAAUGCACCCAAUCAACAAGCGAGAAGUCGAUGACUGAUGGCUCGAGAUGGAGCGCGGAGCGAGGUCAUCCUGGGCGCUCUGGCCACUAGUGCGGGCAGUCAACCGCUAGCGAAAAUAUAUCUCCUCCAUCAUCUUUUUCUUCUCCGC